AUGGCUGACGCCGUAGACGAUCUCUUCGCCGUCUUCGGCGAGGAAGAGGCGGCGCCGGUCAAAGCCGCACCCGUCUCGCGGAAGAAAAACGCGGUGCCGCCCCCCCGCGCAGAGGACACGAACGUCUCUGUGGCUCCUGAGGCAGCUCUAGAGCAGGUUGGACAGACGCACGACGCCGCGAGCCAGUCCGACGCCGCUGAGAGGAAACGGCUGCGCCCGAAGGCUUCUGCGGGCGCGUCGCAGGCGGCCGCGGCGCCACAGCCGCCGGAGAAGCGCCUCCGCCGCGCCGCGGCGGAGGCUAGGGAGCAGCAGAGGGAAGCGAGCAAGACGAAGCAGCCGAGCGAGGAGGGCGAGGAGAAGAAGCCCAACUUGGUGACGCGGCUGCUGGCGGCAGACAAAAACUGCCUACACGAGGUGGUGCGCCCUGCCGACCGCGAGACAGCCUUUCACUACUUCCGGUUCGAAACCACGCUGCCGGAGUACCUGCCCAAGAAGACUGAAAUCGACGCAAAGGACGAGAAGAACGAGAAGCAGGGCGAAAACGGGGCGAACAUCCAAGCGCCUGGCGCCGCAGAUUCCGCCCCCGAGGCCGGUCCUGAAGAGGAAGCGGAGGACAGACCUCCUGUUGAAAAGAAGACGCCUGCGCGUCAGUACAAAUUCCGCCUCGAUGCUUUUCAACAGAGAAGUGUGCUGUGCCUGGAGGCCGGCGAGAGCGUCCUCGUCGCCGCGCACACAUCUGCCGGCAAAACUGUUGUCGCGGAGUACGCAAUUGCAAUGAGCAUUCGCGACAAACAACGAGUCGUCUACACGAGUCCAAUCAAAGCGCUUUCGAACCAGAAGUACCGCGAUUUAUCGGAGAGUUUCGGCGCAGAGAACGUCGGUUUGAUGACGGGAGACGUGACGCUGCAUCCGAACGCGUCCAUCAUGGUGAUGACGACGGAGAUUUUGCGAUCGAUGCUUUACCGCGGUUCGCACCUGAUCAAUGAGUUGAAGUGGCUGAUUUUUGAUGAAAUUCACUACAUGCGCGACCGGGAGCGCGGGGUGGUGUGGGAAGAGAGCAUCGUGUUGGUGCCCAACUCGAUGCGCUUUGUCUUCCUCUCUGCGACGAUUCCCAACGCCCGCGAAUUCGCGGAAUGGGUCGCCUACAUCAAGCACCAACCUUGCCACGUCUUGUACACGGACUAUCGACCCACUCCGCUUCAGCACUACAUGUUCCCCGCCGGCGGCGACGGCGUGUAUCUCGUCAUGGACGAGAAAAAAGUCUUCCGCGAAGAAAACUUCCACAAGGCCGUCGCUACCCUGCACAAAACCGUGGAAGAACAAGCCAUGCAAACAAAACAAAUGCAGCGUCGCGGGCGGUCGCGGGACCGAAGCAGCAUCGAGAAGAUUCUGCUCAUGUGUCACGCGCGGAACUACACGCCAGUGAUCAUUUUCUGUUUCUCGAAGCGCGAGUGCGAAGCGAACGCGACGGCACUCAUGGGCGGCAGCAGGGGAGGGCGCGACGGCGGCAACGUCGACCUCACCACGGACGACGAGAAGGCCCUCAUUGAAGAAAUCUUUAAAAACGCACUCGAAACACUAGAGGAAGAAGACAGAGACCUCCCCCAGGUCAAGUCGAUUUUGCCGCUUCUGAAGCGCGGCAUCGGCAUCCACCACGGCGGUCUGUUGCCCUUCGUCAAGGAGAUGAUUGAAAUCCUUUUUCAGGAGUCGCUUCUCCGCGUCCUCUUCAGCACAGAGACUUUCAGCAUGGGCGUCAACAUGCCUGCGAAAACCGUCGUCUUCACAGCGAUUCGCAAAUUCGACGGCCAGGAGUAUCGCAUCGUGAACUCCGCGGAAUACAUCCAGAUGGCUGGACGCGCCGGCCGCCGCGGCCUCGACGACAGAGGCAUUGUGAUUAUCAUGUUUGACGAGCAAGUCGAUCCGGAGGAGGCGAAGCAGAUUUUCAUGGGUCAGGCGUCGCCGCUCAUUUCGACGUUUCACCUGGGCUUCAACAUGCUGCUGAACUUGUUUCGGAUUGAGGACGCAAACCCGCUCUUUAUGAUCACGCGAUCCUUUGCUCACUUUCAGAGGAACCGCAAGGCGCUGCAUUUGGAGCGUGAGAAGGAGGAACUCAAAGACCAAGUGAAAAAUGCCGAAGACAUCCACGCGCUAGCCGCCGUCGAGGAGACGGACAGGCCGACCUUCGACGUGGAAAAGGCUGUGCGCGAGUACUACGAGCUGAAACAUGACCUGGAGUCUCUCGGCAAAGAGCUGCGCGCGCUAGCCAUGCAAGAGCGAUAUAUCGUGCGCUACCUGCAGGCGGGACGCAUCGUCCGGCUCGUUGACGACUCCGACACUGACUGGGGCUGGGCGACGUGUCUCAGCAAGAUUUCGAAGCGCUGCGUGCCGUCUACGAACGCGGUGAUGGAAGGACCUGUUGAGCAGCUCGUCGUGGACUGCCUCGUCGCGUGCGCGCCGGAGAGCGUGAAGUACGCGGAGCAAGGGAAGGGAGCGACCGGCGCCCUCUCGCUCUCUGAGAAGCCGCGACCCGCGAAAAACACGCAAAAUGGAGUCGUCGAAAAGACCAACUACGUCUUGGUUGUCGUUCCUUUCCCGAUCUCUGCGAUCCGAAGCAUCAGCAAGUGCCGCAUGACGCUGCCGGUCGGCGUCGACGUUCGCUCAGAGGACGCGCGCCGCUCCCUCCACUUUCAGCUGAAGAAAGUCGAGAAGAAGUUCGAGCCGGAGGGCGGCAUUCCGCUGUUAGAUCCGAUUCAAGACAUGAAAAUCCCCGAACCUCGUAUCCCGGAGCUCGUUUCUGCCAUUGCAGAGAAUGAGAAGCGCUUGACUGCGAAUCCUCUCUGCGGUCACCCGCUAUGCGGCGUUUACUACGAAGCGCAUCACCAGCGCGUUCAGCUGCAGACGAAGCUGCGAAAGACGCGCGAAACGCUCGACAGUCAGCGUCAGCUGGUCAUGAAGGACACACUCCGCGCGAUGCGGCGCGUGCUGCGGCAGCUCGACUUCCUCGACGCGAACGACGUGGUGACUGUGAAGGGGCGGGUCGCCUGCGAAAUUACUACGGCGGACGAGCUCGUCGCUGCGGAAUUGCUUUUUCAAAACGUUUUCGAGACGAUGGAAGUCGAGGCCGUCUGCGCGAUGCUCAGCUGCCUCGUCUUCCAAGAGAAACACGACGAACCGGAGCCGAAGGAGGAAGUUCUGCUGACCUGUCUCGAGAAGGUGAAGGAGGUGGCGAAGCACAUCGCAUCGGUGUGCGUGGAGAGUCGCUACAUCGACCCAUCGGGCUCGUCCAAGUCUCCUGACCUGGCGACCUCUUCACCGGGAGUGCAGACUGUGGAUGACUACGUGAACAAGUUUCAGCACGCGAUUAUGUCGCUCACGUAUCGCUGGGCGAAGGGCGAGAAGUUCGCAGACGUGCUCAACGGUACCUCAAUCUAUGAAGGCACGGUGAUUCGCUGCAUGCGUCGCCUGGAGGAGCUCAUGCGCCAGAUGGCGUGCGCAUCCAAGACGAUCGGCAACCCCGAUCUCGAGCGAAAGUUCCUCGAGGGAAUCAAAAAGAUUCGACGUGGAAUCGUCUUCUCGUCGUCGCUCUACUUGUAG